UUAAUGACUACAAGUAAGUUACUUACAAGUUACAUAGAAUACAGACAGUUACAGUAACAAUACAUUCAAUGCAGUAAACGUCAUGAAUGAUUUGACCUCAACAGCACAACCUUACACACAGAACACUCUGGAUCUUGACAUGUAUUUUAGACGCAUAUGUAAUAUUUUUAAGGGACGUCCAAGAGCAAUUUGGAAGAGCAAUAUCGGAAGUGAGAAAAGUUACGUAUUUCAUAGAGUAUAGGGGUGAAAGGUCACGUACAUUGACCUCAGGAUUGGGGCCAUGAGGCCCUUAUUGCUGGUCAACAAUGUAGGGAUGAUGAUUUUGGAUCUAAUUCAACUCCUCCAGCAACUCACUCUACCCUAUAUCACUUUUUGUCAUAUUUCAGUACUAUAUCAGCCACAGGCAGUACUGGAAAUGUACCCAAUUGUCAUACUUGAGUAAAAGUAAAGAAACCUUCAUAGAAAAUUACUCAAAAGUGAAAGUCACCAGUAAAAUAAUACUGAGUAAAAGUCUAAAGGUAUUUGGUUUUAAAUAUACCUAAGUAUCAAAAGUCAAAGUAAAGGUAUAAAUCCUUUCAUAUUCCUUAUAUUAAGUUAACCAGACAUCACGAUGCUCUUGUUUUUUUUAUUUCUGGAUAGCCAGGGGAACACUCGAACAGUUCAUUUACAAACGAAUAAUUUGUGUUUAGUGAGUCCUCCAGAUCAGAGGUAGUAGGGAUGACCAGGGAUGUUCUCUUGAUAAGUGUGUGAAUUGGACCAUGUUACUGUCCUGCUAAGCAUUCGAAAUGUGACGAGUACUUUUGGGUGUCAGGGAAAAUGUAUGCAGUAAAAAGUACAUUAUUUUCUUUAUAAAUGUAGUAAAAGUAAAAGUUGUAAAAAAUAGAAAUAGUAAAGUACAGAUACCCCAAAAAACAUAUUAAGUAGUACUUUAAAUAAUUUUUAGGCCCUAGACCGAAUUCUUUCAUUAUUAAUUUCCUGGGGUUAACGAUGACCUAGGUAUAAGUAACAUAUUCACUGCAUCAAAUAGGGCCUUAUCAACUGUAUAAUGACGUUAUAAUGAAUAUAACGACGUUGUGUAUUUUAAUCCCUUGGAGAUUUUUCGUGAAGUUUAGUGUACUUUGACCACAAAUGUAUUAUCAUGAUUGUUUAUUUAUUCAAUAUAACAUGUCAACACAUCAAACAAAGCAGGCCUUAUUUGGUUCCUAAAUAGAGCCAGUGUAAAGUCACUUAAGCCACUCUGAUGUAAAAUCUCACCUCCUUUCAUUGGAAAUAUUAGUGGUGACGGACGGACAGGCAAUAACAGUAACCCCGUCGUCCAGUAAGAAAGCCGGAGAAUAUUAAAUGACCAAUAGGCGUCCAGCGUGUGCGCAAGAGGGUGGCGUCGACUCAGUGUUGGAAUGCUGCCUCUCAGAAUGUUUUCCACUUUCAAUCACUUUUUUUUCUCCCGUUCCUUCUCACAACGGCGCUCUUUAAGCUCCGGUGCGCGAUACAGAGCGGCCAUUCAUUGAAGGGCAAACCAAACGAGGGGGCAGGGGACAGGGCGAGCGUCACACUGGUGGACAGGGGAACGCACGAACUCCCGUGUUGAACGGGCGACCUCCUAAACUCUGCAUUGGCGACAUCGGUGGAAGUGAAUGGGAAGUGCAAAAGACAGGAUUUGGGUACAUUCGAUUACGCAGGCUAUGGGUUUACGCGUGGCAUAUAGGAAUAAUUCCAUAUAAAGGAGCGAGUCCGGAGCACGUCUCUCAGUUGUAGCUUAAAGUUUUGCAUUCUCUGAACAAAUUUACCAAAUUUUCCUGCAAGGAUAUUUUUUGUUGUUGCCAAUCGAUAAUAGCCUAUACAUUAAAAUGUCUGGAGAGGAGCACAGUCUAUCCGAGGCAGAGUUGAGUCCCGGGGGCUCAGAUGAUGGUCACUCUCUGUCACCGGCACACUCCGGGGCUACCGGCGGCCGGGACUCCCCGCUCAUCGGUCCGUCGCAGCAACUGACGGGGCUUUCUGGCGCAGAUGGCGGCGGAGAGGACGGUGGACUAGUACCCAAGUCAGAGGUGGAUAUGGACCGGUUCCCCAUCGGCAUCCGCGAGGCGGUCAGCCAGGUGCUGGACGGAUACGACUGGACGCUCGUGCCCAUGCCCGUGCGCGUAAACAACGGGAACAAGAGCAAGCCGCACGUGAAAAGGCCGAUGAACGCCUUCAUGGUGUGGGCGCAGGCCGCGCGCCGUAAACUGGCGGACCAGUACCCUCACCUGCACAACGCGGAGCUCAGCAAGACACUCGGCAAACUGUGGAGGCUCCUGAAUGAGAGUGACAAGAGGCCUUUCAUUGAGGAGGCGGAGCGACUGCGGAAACAACAUAAGAAGGACUACCCAGAGUACAAGUACCAGCCCCGCAGACGCAAGAACGGCAAGCUGGGGACCAAUGGUGAGGGAGUGGAGGGAGCAGAGGGGGAGGGCAGCCACGCCCAGACCCAUUACAAGGCCCUCCACCUGGAUGUGCACAGUACAGGGGCUGGGUCCCCUCUGGCCGACCUCCACCACCAUCAUCACCACCACCCUGCAGGUCAGGGUCACAGCCCGCCAACACCCCCCACCACCCCAAAGACAGAGCUCCAGUCUGGAAAGAUGGCGGAGGGGAAGAGGGAGGGCGGCGGUGGCUCAGGGUCCUCCCGUGGAGGAGGCCUGGGGGUAGGAGCAGAGGGGGCCUCCGGGGGCCAUUCAUCAGCGGGCGGGAAACCCCACAUCGACUUCUGCACCAUGGACAUCGGCGAGAUCAGCCACGACGUGAUGGCCAACAUCGAGCCCUUCGACGUCAACGAGUUUGACCAGUACCUGCCGCCCAACGGGCACCCGGGGGUCGGCCAGGGCGGCGGCGCCACACCAAGCUCCUCCGCUACAUCCUACGCUUACGCCCUCGCCGCCGCCAGCGGUCACUCAGCCGCCUGGCUCUCCAAGCAGCAUCAGCAUCAACAGCCCUCCCCCUCAGACGCCACCAAGGCCCAGAUCAAGAGUGAGUCCGGGGCCGGGAGCCACUACGCAGAGACUUCCUCCUCUUCGUCAGGAACCCACGUCACCUACACCCCCCUCAGCCUCCCCCACUACGGAUCAGCCUUCCCCUCGCUGCCCUCCAGGGCACAGUUUGAGUAUGGGGAGCACCAGGCUCCGGGGCCGUACUACGCCCACUCCAGCCAGGCCCCGGGGCUGUACUCAGCCUUCUCCUACAUGGGGCCCAGCCAGAGGCCCCUCUACACUACCAUCACUGACCCCUCCAGCGUGGCCCAGUCUCACAGUCCUACACACUGGGAACAGCCUGUCUAUACCACCCUGUCACGGCCAUGAGAGACUGAGAUGCAUGGGAUUGGAUGUGUGUCUGUGUGUGUGUGUCUCUACACCACCUUCUCACAACCCUGAGAAAGGGAUUUAGAAAGACAAAGAUUGGAAGGGUGUAGGGUGGCUACUGAAUAUGUGUGUGUGUGUGUGUGUGUGUGUGUGUGUGUGUGUGUGUGUGUGUGGCAGGUUAACAAAGGAUGGAUAUCUUACUGAUCUUGUAUUGGGAUUCAUUGGGACUUGACAGUGUAUCUCUUUCCAUGGAGGCCUUAUAAUCUUUUACUGUACAGUAUAUUUUCUAUCACAGCCAAUGGUCAAUAGCCAAUCAGAAUAAACCUUUAACCAAUGUGUGCCAUGUUUUAGUGUGUAAGGUCAGGAUCCCAGCUGCCAGAGUGUCAUAGUGUAUAGUAAGAGGGCGUAUUGUGAUGAUGAGCCCAGAGCACAGAACUAAUACCGUAGUGGCAAGAAGGAUACACAUAGGGUUUCAAAAUGCUGCUAACUUUCCCAAAAUUCCCCAUUUUUACAGAAAUCCUAGUUGGAAGUUCCUGGAAUUAGGAGGGAAUAAGAGGGAUAUCAAGGAAUCCUCUUACUGGGAUUUCUGGAAAAGUGGGGAAUUUUGGGAAAGUUAAUGGAAUUUUUCCAACCCUAGCUACCUAUAUAACAAAGAUUGAUUAACAUUGCCGGUAAGGACUGGCUUUCAGCGGGUUUCGACAGGCUAUCAGCCUAGGACAAAUACAAUGUGAUGUUUAUCAGAACUGGGUUGUUUUAGAUUGAAAUAAUCCGAUUCUAUUAACCAAACUAAAGGAAAUGUUUGUGGGACUUCAUUUUAGUAUUUUUUUAUGACUUAAGUGAUGUAUUUCUUGGUUAUUUUUUAUAUGACUUUACAUUCUGGUUCGAUAUUACACUGACAUGUCUUCAACACUGCUUCUGAAAGAAAUGUUUUAUUUCAAAUAGGUCAGUUUACUUGGGCAAACAAAAACUUUAUGCGUUUGUCUACAGGCGUCAGGUAGCCUAGCCGUUAAGUGCAUUAGGCCAGUAACUGAAAGGUUGCCGGUUCGAAACCCUGAGCCGGCGUGGUGGAAAAAUCUUCUAUUCUGCCCUUGAGCAAGGCAAUUAACCUGCAACAACUACUCCCCGGGCGCCAUGGCCGUCGAUUAAGGCAGCCCCCACUGCACAUCUCUGAUUCAAAGGGUUUGGGUUAAAUGUGGAAGACACGGUUGAAUGCGUUCAGUAGUGCAACUGACUAGGUAUCACCUUCUGCGAUGCUGCUUGACUCAUGUGUUGCGUUGUGCAAAACCAUAGUUGACGAGGGAAAAGGACAUUAAAAAGGAUGGAAAGAGAAUUCCUGGAAACACUUUAGCAUUGAGUUCUGGAAAGCAGCACCUAACCUCAACUCAAUGUACAUGUGCCAAUAACACUUUACAUGCUCUAAUAUCCUUGAUGAGAAUAUAUGGCACACAUUUUGCUUAUCCUACUCAUAAAUAAAAAACAAUUGUUGAAGUCACUGGACUUUUUGUUUAUUGAUAUGGAUUGCAUUUGUUCGCUCUGGUUGCUUCUAAUUCCAUUUGUUGACCAAAUUAUCAAAGCAAAACAAUCUACAUGACUCAGCAAGUACAAAAUCGGCAAAAUCUUUUUGUGAGGAAUUCUCCAGCUUUAAACUAAAGAUGUACUCUUAGUGAGAAUUAGUGAGCCGUUUAGAACAAAUGCCACAUGCUAUAGUUUAUGUACAUAGGUUUUCCCCUCUGCAUCUCCCUUUUCUGUAUCCGGUUUAAUGUCCCUCUCGGCUCCCUCUGCAAUGUGAAUGAUCACCACGUCUCUUCUUCCAUAGGGGAUAUCUACGGAGUCAUUUUAUACUGACCCUCUCUGCUUUGUAGUUUUUAUAAAAAAUCAUUUAAUGUUAAGCUUUUUUUCUCUGAAUUUUGUACAUUUCUGGAUAGUUUCUAAAACUUUGUACGCUACACAUUUGAUGCAUCUGCUUUCUUCUACAAGAAACAACAAUGUACAAAUAUUAUUGAUGUUGUCAUUACGUUGUCAUUCUAUUAAAGCAAUUUAUUUAUACAAAA